AUGCUGUGCCUCGGGGGCCUGUCCACACUGCUCCUGCUUCUCCUCUGCCCCGCUCCACUGUCGGCCCAGGAGGGGCUCAUACGCCUCGCAGGGGUGGGCCGGCGCAGUGCAAAUGAGGGACGUGUGGAGGUGUUCUAUAAUGGAGCGUGGGGGACGGUGUGCGACGACGAGGUGGAUCUCAAUCUGGCCAAUGUGGUGUGCCGACAGCUGGGUUUUCAGAGCAGCCUUACCUGGGCACACAGUGCCAAGUUUGGUGAAGGACAAGGUCUGAUCUGGUUGGACAAUGUGCGCUGCCAGGGCAAUGAGCUCUCUAUUGCAGAAUGUCGUUCCAAUGGGUGGGGAAUCAACGACUGCACCCAUGCUGAGGACCUGGGGGUCAUCUGCAGUCCAGCAAGAAGACCUGGCUUCUCCCCUGCCUCUGUGGACGAGGCCGCUCCAUCAUCCAGGCACCAGCCAAACCAACCGAGACAGAGAAACCCACCACCACAGUCUGUGUCCCCUCCAGCUUCAAGCCCAGCAGAAGAACACAUCUACUCAAGAGGCCAUGAGAUUGCCCUCCAUCGCAACCCAACUUCUUCCCGUCGCAGCAACAUCUCGCCACAGGAGAACGGCCACGAGAUCCAGAUCUUGCGACGGGAUCGAGCCGGGUCCAGAGUGAGCCAACAGGUGAACCCACGGGGGCACCAGCUGCCCUCACGUCUGGCAAACGGGGCAUCCUACAGGCAGAGGCAGGAGAUGUCGAGGACCAACCCGCAAGCAGUGAGGCGGGAGGCGGAGGGGCAGCUGAACCGGCAGCCUCAGCCUCACUCCGGACUCCAGUCUGAGCGGAGGAGUGAGGGGAAUCAGAGGCUCAAUGGGAACCAUGUUGAGCCAGACCCUGUUUAUCCAGAGCCUAAUGGAUAUAACACACAGGGAUCUUCGAGGGUUCAUUUAGAGGAGGCCCGUCUACGGCCGGUGCUGUCCAGCAACCGUGGCGGUCUGGUGACGGAGGGAGUGCUGGAAGUGAAGCAUGCUGGGAGGUGGCGUCAUGUGUGUAACCAUGGAUGGGACCUGAGCAGCAGCCGUGUCGUCUGUGGCAUGUUAGGGUUCCCUGCUGCAGAAGCGUUUGACCAAGUCAGCUACAGGAAACUGUGGGACUCUAAGAUAGCCGACCCGUCCUCCAGGCUGCGGCCACAGAUUGGUAAAAAGGGCUACUGGGUGGAGAAAGUCCAGUGUCAGGGUGUGGAGAUGUCUCUGUCCCAGUGUCAGGCGCAGCUGUCCCUCCCCAGGAAUGAUGUCCCGUGCAACGGGGGCAUGCAUGCAGUGGUCCGCUGCGUCCCCGGGUCCCAGUUCGCACGCUUUGGAAGAGCACCUGCACCCCCUGCCGUGGCGCCUGUUGUGCGCCUGAAGGGGGGGCCCCGUCUUGGGGAGGGCCGUGUCGAGGUGCUGAUCGAGGGCAAGUGGGGCACCAUGUGUGACCACCUGUGGGACAUGCCUGCAGCCAGCGUGGUCUGCAGAGAGCUGGGCUUCGGGACAGCCAGAGAGGCCCUCACUAAGGCUCAGCUGGGACAGGGUACUGGUCCCAUCCACAUGAACAGCGUCCAGUGCACGGGCAGGGAGAGGACGAUUACAGAGUGCACCUACAGACCGGUGCCGCUCUACAGCUGCAAACACAACCAGGAUGUAGCAAUCCGCUGCAACGUGCCCAACACUGGCCUGCAGACCACGGUGCGCCUGGCGGGCGGCAGAGUGCCGGCAGAGGGCCGGGUGGAGGUGCUGAUGGAGAUCGGAGGAGUGAAGCGCUGGGGCUCCGUCUGCAGCGAGAACUGGGGCAUCAAUGAGGCCAUGGUGGUGUGUCGACAGCUCGGCUUGGGCUUCGCCUCAAGAGCUCAUCAGGAAACCUGGUACUGGCCUGGUUCCUCCGAUGCCGGGGAGGUGGUGCUGAGUGGGACUCACUGCAUCGGCAAUGAGAUGUCUGUCCAGCAGUGUCGCAGAAACACAAACGUCUACUGUCCCAGAGGAGGAGAUGGCAAAGCGGCAGGAGUGACGUGUGUCGAGACUGCACCCGACCUUGUCCUAGAUGCUCAGCUGGUCCAAGAGACAGCCUACCUGGAGGAUCGACCCCUGCAUCUACUGACCUGCGCCAAUGAGGAGAACUGCCUGUCCACCUCCGCCGCCAGGAUGAACUGGCCCUACGGACACCGCCGCCUGCUGCGCUUCUCCUCCCGCAUCAUGAACUUGGGUUGCGCCGACUUCCGACCCCGAGCCACCAGAGAAAGCUGGGUUUGGCACCAGUGCCACAGGCACUACCACAGCAUUGAGGUGUUCACCCACUACGAUCUGCUCACCCUCAAUGGGACCAAGGUGGCUGAAGGUCACAAGGCUAGCUUCUGUCUGGAGGACACCUACUGCCCCGAAGGUCUCCAUAAACGUUUUGCCUGCUACAACAUGGGAGAGCAGGGUAUCUCAGUCGGCUGCUGGGACACAUACCGCCACGACAUCGACUGCCAGUGGGUGGACAUCACAGACGUCCGACCUGGAGAAUACAUCUUCCAGGUGAAGGUCAACCCUUCCUUAGACAUGGCUGAGUCUGAUUUCCACAACAACGUGAUGCGCUGUCGCUGCAAGUACGACGGAGCCCGAGUGUACAUGUCUGGAUGCCACGCAGCUGAUGCAUACAGUGCCGAGGUGGAGGACUUGUUCGACCACCAACCACACCUCUCCAACAACCUUCUGUGA